CUGAUGUCUGUAGUCGACUAAUUAGACUUCUUCAAUGGAUUUUUCUGUCGAUGAUUCUGUUCUUGUUGAUUCUUCGAUUGGAUUGCGAGAUACUUUUGCUUCUGAUACACACGAUAACAUCAUUCAUUCAAUUGGUGAUAAUGAUUUCAAAGUUGAUCAAAUGAUUGAUGUUGAAUUGAUCGGACAAGAAGAAGAUACUGUUUCAAAAGCUUCUAAAUUGUUAUAUCUUCUUAGCAGAGGAUGCUUAUAAUCUUUACAACGAUCAUGCUUUUGAAAAUGGAUUUGGUAUUCGUAGAUACAAACAGAGGUUUAGGAGUGGCAAUGUAAGUUUGAUUAUGAAGUCUUACUGUUGUUGGAAAGAAGGGAAGAAACAACAAAAGGGUACUGAAAACAAAAUGUAUACGAAGUUAGAUUAUCGUUCUGGUUGUAAAGCGAAGUUACAGUUUUCUAUUAGUAUUGAUGGUGAAUGGACUGUUUCAAAGCAUAUUAUUGAUCACAACCAUGUUUUUUGUCCAAUUGGUCAAAGACACUUGCUGAAAUCACAUAGAGGCAUUGAUCGUGAGUAUCUUGAAUUUAUUAUGUUGAUGAAGGAGAGUGGGACAAAGGUUUCAGAUGUUCACAUGAUGCUUCAAAAACAUGCUGGUGGUGUUAGUGCUUUUGGAUUCACGAAACGUGAUGCUUAUAACGUUCUAGAAUCUGAAAGAAGUAAAACGUUUGAUGAUAUUGAUUCGAACACUUUGAUUGGUAUAUUGAAGAAAAGGGCUGAAGUGGAAUCUGAUUUUUUCUUUGAUUUUGAGCUGGAUGACGGUGUACUGAGUUGUUUUUUCUGGAGAGACGGUCAAAUGAGAUCCGAUUAUGAGAGGUUUAGAGAUCUAGUUGUGCAUGAUACAACUUACAUGACUAACAAGUAUGACAUGAUUUGUGGUCCGUUUAUUGGUAUGAAUCAGCACUGUAAAAACAUAAUGUUUGGUUGUGGCUUUAUGUUGAACGAAAAGGUGGAAUCUUUUGUUUGGUUAUUUCAGACUUUUCUGAAAUCUAUGGGUGGUAAACAGCACAUCAGUUUCAUGACAGACCAGUCAUUUUCCAUGUCAGCGACUAUCAAAUCUGUGUUUCCUGGAGCAAGACAUAGACUCUGCACUUGGCAUAUAGAUGAAAAUUCAAAGAAACACAUCAUGCAUCUACGUACGCAAGAAGUUAAAUUUUGUUCCUCUGUUUGAUUAUGUUGUGAAGCGAUGUGACACAGUUGCAGAGUUUGAUUUCUACCGGAAUGAAUUGAAUAGAGUUUAUGAAUGCAGUGACAACACAUGGUUGAAGAGGUUGUACAGUCAUAAAGAAAAGUGGUGUCCUGCUUUCAAAGGAUUACUUCUAUGGUGGUGUUCUAUCCUCACAAAGAAGUGAAUCUACAAAUGGAUCCAUAACUAGAAGACUUACAAAGACUACAACAUUAUGUGCUUUUUUCAAAAUGUUUUGGUUGUUGAUAAAUGGAGGUUAGAGGAAAAUGGUCAUGAUUUUAGAUGUUCUGAAGGCACCGUUGAGAUGUGUAUACCCUUGAGAUUUUCAAACUGUUCCAAGAACAAUAUUUGAAGGGUAUGUCACAUUUUUUUAAAUUAAUCUCACAGAAUUGUAAUGAUUAUGAGUAUCAUGUUUGGUUGAAUGAGGUAGAUUUGAUUAGACACAACGUUACUUUUAAUCAAAUUGACAACACAGUGACAUGCACUUGCAAGAUGUUUUCAGAAGUUGGCAUUUUGUUUAGACACAUUUUGCGUAUAUAUAAUGUCCAUUGUGUCAAAUGUAUUCCCCAAGUUUAUAUACUGUCUAGAUGGACAAAGGCU